GUCGAUACUUAUUUUUUACAAUAUCGAUUAACUAAUAUAGCAGUUAUAGGGUUUCACUUGAAUAACUGAAUAUCAAAUCAUAAUCACUUGCUAUCACAUUCAACAUGGAGCGCUGGCAGGGCAAAGUUGCUAUGGUAACUGGUGCUAGCAGUGGCAUCGGUGCUGCUUGUGCCAAGGCUUUGGUGUGUGCCGGAUUUGUUGUUGUUGGAUUAGCACGUCGCCAGGAACGCAUUGCACAAUUGCAACAGGAAUUACCUACACGAUUUCGCUCCAAUUUACACGCCUACAAAUGUGAUUUAACAAAGGAGCAGAAUGUGAGUGAUGCUUUCAGGUGGACGCAGCAGAAGCUAGGCGCCGGCGUUGAUGUAUUGGUGAAUAAUGCUGGUAUUAUAGCGACUACGGAGUUGAGUGCACGUCAGAACACGAAUGAAAUACGCAACACCAUCGAUACGAAUCUGUUGGGUACGGUUUUUUGUACACGCGAGGCUUUCAAUUCAAUGCGUGAACGCGAUGUUGAAGGUCAUAUAGUGAUCAUGAAUAGUGUGGCUGGUUUGCAAGUUCCCAAUUUGGGUCCAAACUUGCCAUCGCUCAAUAUAUAUCCUGCAACAAAGUUCGCUUUACGAGCUAUGAACGAAAUCUAUCGGCAAGAAUUUCAGCGACACAAGACUCGUGUACGAAUAACGACUAUCAGUCCAGGCAUUGUCGAUACCGACAUACUGCCCACUUCUAUUCGCAAUGUUGUCAAGGAUAUGCUGCCCAGUCUUUCGUCUGAAGAUGUGGCCGAUGCUGUUUUAUGGGCAAUAAGCACACCACCAAAUGUACAGGUUCACAACAUCACCAUAAAGCCCAUGGGCGAAAAAUUUUAAUACUUGGUAUAUUUUAAGCUUACCUUAUUAAAAUCAUUUGACUCCACUUAAUUGUUUUUUUAUUUAAUAUAUUGAAUAUUUUUUGGAAUAAAAAUAUUUCAUUACUAUCCUAUUAUAUAACAAGUAUAGAAGCACCGAGCUCGAAUCGGAACGAAUGUUAGAUAAUAUCGCAAAUUGUAGAACAUAAAAUUUCGUUAUAUUUUCGAAAAAUAUAGUCAAACUUGUAAUAAAACGAAA